AUGACUGGGGACGAGUUGGAGGAGGGAGGAGAGGGGCAAGAAGGGGAAGGAGAAGUAGAGGAGGAGAGCACCAAGAUGAAGAUCCUUCGUCAGAUCGCGGCGAUGGCAUCCAAAGUCAAGGAGAUCAUUGGGAAUCUUAUUACCACUGCAGGGAAAGUAGUGGUCACCAUUCUACUGGGCCUUACAGGCAUCAUGCUGCCCUCCCUGACCUCUGCAGUCUACUUCUUCACCUUCCUGGGCCUGUGUACCUGGUGGUCCUUCUGUCGGACCUUCCACCCGCUCAUUUUCAGCUGUCUGUGUGUCCUCAUGGCCAUCUUCAGCGCUGGACACCUGGUGAUUCUCUACCUCUACCAGUUCCAGUUCUUCCAGGAGCUCAUCCCACCCGGGGAUAGCUACGCCAGUCUGUUUGGUAUCUCGUCAGUGGUCCAGUCCGACUGCUCCCACACCUGGAUGUUCCGGGUCAACCCGGCGCUGGCCUGGCACCACUAUGUCAACCCCAUCAUGCUGCUGCUGCUCUACUACACCCUGGCCACACUCAUACGCCUCUGGCUGCAGGACCCCUCAGACACGGCGCCUGGUGGGGGAGAAGGGGGAGAACUGGGUGAAGGGGAGGAGCCUAUGGUUGAUGACAUCACCUCCACAGCAGAGAAGAGGAGAGAAGUGUGGAGCAUGGCUCACCACACUGAUGACAGAAACGUUUUGAUAGUAACCUCCAACGGGUCUCCUCCGGACUAUCUCCACACCAACGGGCUGCUGGGCCUGCACUCCACACCGCAGUACAAACCAGGCCAACCAGGGCCAGAUCUGGGGAGUGUGUAUGAGGUGGUGGUUGUGCAGGGUGAGGGUUUGAAAGAAGAGAUGGAUGCAGGGGCGAUGGCGUGGGCGAUGGCGCCGGGCGAAGGAAUGGCGCGAGCUAAUGCGGUGGUCACGGCCUUCAGGUUCAUCAUGAAGCAAAGCUACAUCUGUGCGCUCAUUGCAAUGAUGGCGUGGAGUAUCACUUAUGUCAGCUGGCUGACCUUUGUGUUUCUCAUCUGGUCGUGCACGCUGUGGAUGGUGCGUGACCGACGCAAGUACGCCAUGAUCACGUCCCCCUUCAUGGUGUUCUAUGGGAACCUGUUGAUCAUCCUCCAGUACAUCUGGAGCUUCGAGAUCCUCCACCCCGUACCUGGGCUCUUCUUAAAGAAAGAGGUGCCCUUCCGGGAACUGGGCUCCAAGAUGCUGUGCCUGCUGAGUUUCUGGCUGCUGCUGAGACAAGCGUUGACAGAGAGGAAGGAGAGCCAGAGAGAAGAGGAGGUGCUGUCGGACAUCAGGGUCAUCCAUACCCACAAGAAGGAGGACAAGGAGGUGAUGGAUGAGAGCGGUGGCCACAGGGAGAUGAUGGAGGUGCUAGGCAACACUCUCAUGGCCAUGUUGAACAAGUACUGGAUCUAUAUCUGCGGCGGCAUGUUCUUCUUCGUCAGCUUCGAGGGACGCAUCGUCAUGUACAAGAUCAACAUGAUGCUCCUCCUCUUCUGUGUGGCCUGCUACCAGGUGCACUAUGAGUGGUGGAGAAGCAUGCUGAAGUACUUCUGGAUGUCUGUGGUGGUGUACACCAUGCUGGUCCUCAUCCUGAUCUACACCUUCCAGUUUGACUCCUCCAUCCACGUCUGGUUCAACAUGACCGGCAUGAGCAAGGACAAACUGGAGGACCUGGGUCUGGAGAAGUUCUCUGUCCCGGCUCUGUUCACAAGGAUCUUCCUCCCCACCUCCUUCCUGUUGGUCUGCAUCCUCCACCUGCACUACUUUCACCAGCGCUUCCUCCUGCUCACUGACAUCAAGACGGUGGCCGACAAACAGAAGAGCACGAUCACCAGGCUGGUGCACCUAGACGGCAGUCUGGCAGAUAUCUCUCUCAUCAAACCCACCCUCACUGUGACCACCAAAGACGAGGAGGCUGGGGAGAAGGUGCAGCUGGAAGAGGAAGAUGGGAAGGAGGAGGAGGAGAAGAAGAGAAGUUAUGAGGAGGAGGAGGAGGAAGAGGAGGAGGAGAAGAGGUAUGAAGAACCCCUGGAGCACUGCAGCAAGGCGGAGUCCCCGGUCGACGAGAUGUCAGACCUGAGGAGUAAGUGGUAUCUAGUGGUGGACCGCCUCACGGUGCUCUUCCUCAAGUUUCUGCAGUACUUCCAGCAGCUGCAGCAGACCGUCUGGUGGCUCCUGGAGCUCCACAUCAUCAAGAUCGUCUCCUCCUACAUCAUCUGGGUCUCAGUCAAAGAGGUGUCUCUGUUCAACUACGUGUUCCUGGUGAGUUGGGCGUUUGCCCUGCCCUUCGGUCAGUUCAGGCCCCUGGCCUCCAGCGUCUGUACCGUCUGGACCUGUGUCAUCAUCGUCUGCAAGAUGCUCUACCAACUGACCUCUAUAAACCCCUCUACGUACUCGAAGAACUGCACCAUGCCUGUGAACUACACGGAUAACCAGAGGAGUGAGAUGGCUCACUCCCUGCUCUACAGCGCCCCUGUGGACCCAGCCAACUGGGUGGGUCUCCGCAAGUUCUCCCCCCUACUGGAGAACCUGAGGAACAACCUGUUGAUUCUGGCCCUGCUGGUGUUCGAGGUGACCAUCUACCGCCACCAGGACCUGUACCGCAUGAGGAACAACCUCACCACGCCCGUCACCAGAACCAUCUUCCACGAUAUCACCCGGCAACACCUCGACGACAGCAUCGUCAACGGUGCCAAGUAUUUCAUCAACUACUUCUUCUACAAGUUCGGCCUGGAGACAUGCUUACUGUUGGCGGUGAACGUGAUUGGCCAGAGGAUGGACUUCUACGCCAUGCUCCACGCUUUCGGCCUGAUCGCAGUCAUCUACCAGCGGCGCCGGAAGGCCAUCGCUGACACCUGGCCCAAGUACUGUUGCUUCCUGGCCUGCAUGCUCACCUUCCAGUACUUUGUCUGCAUUGGCGUCCCCCCGGCCGCCUGCAAAGACUACCCAUGGAGGUUCCCCUCGUCCUCCACAGACUCCAACGUCAUCAAGUGGCUGUACUUCCCUGACUUCCACACCAAGCCCAACCCAAUGUUCCUGCUCUAUGACUUCAUGCUGCUGCUGUGUGCCUCGCUGCAGAGACAGGUGUUUGAGGAGGAGAACGAGGAAGCCGUGCGCCUCCUGGCCGGUGACAACACGGAGAUCUGCAGGGACGCCGCCUCCUUCAGUCAACACAACCCCGUCCCAGACUUCAUACACUGCAGAUCCUACCUGGACAUGCUGAAGGUGAUCAUGUUCAGCUACCUCUUCUGGUUCGUGCUCACCAUCAUCUUCAUCACAGGCACCACGCGCAUCUCCAUCUUCUGUAUGGGCUACCUGGUGGCCUGCUUUUACUUCCUGCUCUUUGGGGGUGACCUGCUGCUCAAGCCAAUCAAAAGCAUCCUGCACUAUUGGGACUUCCUGAUCGCCUACAACGUGUUUGUUAUCACCAUGAAGAACAUCCUCUCGAUACUGGCCUGUGGAUACAUAAAGUCCCUGGUCACCAAUCACUGUUGGCUCAUACAGCUGUUCAGCCUGGCCUGCACUAUAAAAGGCUAUUCUAAACCUGAGCAACAGGCCAACAAGCAUUGUGAGUUGCCUAGCGACGAGGCAGGCAUCAUCUGGGACAGCAUCUGUUUUGCCUUCCUGUUGCUACAGCGACGCGUAUUCAUGAGCUACUACUUCCUGCACGUGGUCGCCGACAUUCGCUCCUCACAGAUCCUCGCCUCCAGAGGGGCUGAGCUGUUCCAAGCGACCAUAGUGAAAGCUGUAAAAGCCAGGAUCGAAGUGGAGAAGAGGUCGAUGGACCUGCUGAAGAGACAAAUGGACCGUAUCAAGAGUCGACAGCAGAAGUUCAAGAGGGGGAAGGAGAGGAUUUUGAGCUUGGUGCAGGAGAGCGGAGACGCAGGCCACGGACACAGCAAGGACGAGGAGGAGGAGGAUGAAGAUAAAGAAAGGAGCAGGGAGAAGAAAAUACAGCGGUGGUGGAGGCCGUGGGUUGACCAUGCAUCCAUGGUGAGAAGUGGUAACUAUUACCUGUUUGAGACGGACAGUGAAGAAGAGGAGGAAGAGGAGGAUAAAAAUGAGGAAGAACAGCCCAAGAAGUCUGCAUUUCAGUUUGUUUACCACGCCUGGAUGACCAAUUCCAAGACGGCCAUGAAGGAGCGCAGCAAGGAGAAACGCCGCUUCUGGAAGAAAUACACUGAAGGGAGCAGCAGCAAGUCAAGGAAAGAGGACCUGGAGGAAGCAGUUCAUGUUGCUAUGGAAGAGGAGGAUCAGGAGGAGAAGAAAACAGAUGGAUCAGACAACGUCCUGAAGCGAGUCUUCAACAUAGUCAAGUUCUCCUGGGUGUUGUUCCUGGCCAUGUUGGACAGUUUCACAGCCUGGAUCAACUCCAUGUGUCAGGAACACCUGGACAUCUCCACCGUGCUGCACAUCGAGCGCUGUAUGCUCACGCACGAGGUUAAUAAGGGGAACAAGCCUUCCCGGGAGAGCAUCCACGUGUACUACCGCAAGCAGAUGUGCAAGGCUGCGUCCAUUGAGUCUGGCCUGGAGAGAACCGAGGAGGAGACGUGCCAGGACUGCAUCCCCCACAAGGCUGAGAGGCAGAGCUGUGCCUGUCUGGAGAGCCAAGAAUCUACGGUGUCUCAUGAUAGCCUGUCCAGGUACAGUAGGUACACAGUAUGUGGAUUAUUGACUAGUAAUACUGAAAUGAAGAGUCGUGGAACAGAUGAGUUCCAGAACAUGAACACUCCUUUCUCUUGCUUCUCUCUCCCCACUAGUGAGCACACCCAGUGUACAGCCCUCUAUUCCCACCAGGGGACCACCGACACCAUCGAGGAGACAGGAGAGGAGCCAGACCAGGACCUCCAAGACUCCCACUCCUCCUACACUGAGACCCCAUCCACCUCCACCUCCAUGGGGCUGUACAUGGAACAUGAGGGGGUUCUUCUCUCCAGGUCCAGGGGUAUGGACUGGGACAGUAGGGACAGCGUCCUGGAAGGCAAACAGACAGGGUGCGAGAGAGGACCGUGCUACGCCCACCACAGUGAGCUCCAGCUCUACCAGGCAGACCUCCCCAGUACCACCCCCACAGACACAGACAUCCCCCCCUCAUACAGCAGAGCUACAGGCCUUGACAGGGAGGGGGCCUCGUACACCAGGGCCACGGGCCUGGACAGUGAGGGGGCCUCGUACACCAGGGCCACGGGCCUGGUCAGGGAGGGGGACUCGUACAGCAGAGCUACAGGCUUGGUCAGGGAGGAACGGGCCUCAUCCAUUAGGGCCCAUCAUAAGAAGAGGUUGGUUGUGGUGACGCCUGACGAGAAGUCUGAUUUUCUGUCGGGCGUCACGAGUGGCACGUUUCCCUCGCUCACCCACGAGCUGACGGCCAGCGAUCUGCUACGCAAUAGGAUGUUCUACGAUGAGGAGUUGGAGGAUUCAGAGCAUUUCUACGGCGAUCAGCCGGCACUGCUGCAGCUGCUCUAUGCUCUGUACAACAUGCUGGUGGCCCACUCAGAGAUGGUGUGUUUCCUGGUCAUCAUUCUCAACCACAUGAUCUCAGCGUCUGUGGCCACGCUCGUCCUUCCCAUCUUCAUCUUCCUCUGGGCCAUGCUGUCUGUCCCCAGGCCCAGCAAACGCUUCUGGAUGACCGCUAUCGUCUACACAGAGGUCACCAUUGUGAUCAAGUACUUCUUCCAGUUUGGUUUCUUCCCCUUCAACCAGAACAUUGAGCUGGACAAGUCCAAACCCUUCCAUCCUCCCAACAUCAUCGGUGUGGAGAAGAGGGAGGGAUACGUGCACUAUGAUCUGGUUCAGCUGCUAGCUCUGUUCUUCCACCGAUCUAUUCUCAAGUGUCACGGGCUGUGGGAUGAGGACAACCCCAGGSGAGGAGGGGGGGAAACCCCCAAGCAGCAUCACCAUGAGAGGGAGAAGAGGACCAGCUCCAGGCCAGUGGAGAAGCAGGCCGCGGAGGGCAGCAGCACCCUGCUGGAGUCGGUCCGCACCCGCAUCCCCCGACAAUUCCACUCCAUGUCCACCUCCACCCCGCUGCGCCGCAAGAGCUCCAGCGCCGCCUCCCACCUUUCCCAGCACACCGUGCACUCCGCCUACUCCAAAGGAGACAGUGUGAGCUCACGGCCCGGCCUGCGGAGAGGGCACAGUCUGCGGAGAGGGGACAGCCUGCGGAGAGGGCACAGUCUGCGGAGAGGGGACAGCCUGCGGAGAGGGGACAGUGUGCUGAGUGUCCAACAGAGGAGCAAGAAGGAGAUGAUCCUGGAGAAACUCAGAGAGCAGCUCAUCAAAGCCAAGAGCUUCACUGUCAAAAAAACUCUGGAGAUGUACAUCCCCAUCCGUCAGUUCUUCUACAACCUGAUCCACCCAGAGUACAGUGCAGUGACAGACGUCUAUGUGCUCAUGUUCCUGGCCGACACUGUGGACUUUAUCAUCAUUGUCUUCGGCUUCUGGGCAUUUGGGAAACACUCUGCGGCGGCUGACAUCACUUCCUCCCUGUCGGAGGACCAGGUUCCCGAAGCCUUCCUGGUGAUGGUGCUGAUCCAGUUUGGCACCAUGAUCAUCGACCGAGCCCUCUACCUUCGCAAGACUGUCAUGGGAAAAGUCAUCUUCCAAGUCAUCCUGGUGUUCGGCAUCCACUUCUGGAUGUUCUUCAUCCUGCCUGGAGUCACAGAGAGACGGUUCAGUCAAAACACAGUGGCCCAGCUGUGGUACUUCGUCAAGUGCAUCUACUUUGGCCUGUCGGCCUAUCAGAUCCGCUGUGGCUACCCCACCCGCGUCCUGGGCAACUUCCUCACCAAGAGUUACAACUACCUCAAUCUUUUCCUCUUCCAAGGGUUCCGCCUGGUCCCGUUCCUGACGGAGCUGCGAGCGGUGAUGGACUGGGUGUGGACGGACACCACCCUCAGCCUGUCCAGCUGGAUCUGUGUAGAGGACAUCUACGCCCAUAUCUUUGUCCUCAAGUGCUGGAGGAUGUCAGAGAAGAGGUAUCCCCAGCCUCGCGGGCAGAAGAAGAAGAAGGUGGUGAAGUAUGGGAUGGGAGGUUUGAUCGUCAUGCUUCUUAUCUGCAUUGUUUGGUUCCCGCUGCUCUUCAUGUCACUGGUCAAGUCAGUGGCCGGGGUGGUCAACAAACCUCUGGACGUGUCGGUCACCAUCACCCUGGGAGGCUUUCAGCCCAUUUUCACUAUGAGUGCCCAGCAAAAUCAACUGAAGGACAUUAGCAAAGCAGAUUUUGCAGACUUCAUGAAUUCAUACAACUACAUUCCGUCGGCGAUGCAGUUCCUGGAGGCCUACACGUCAGCAGACGUGGCUGUGGCGGAGCUGGAGGGCAGUUCCAACUCCCUGUGGACCAUAAGCCCCCCCAGCAGGAAGAACCUGAUGGACGUUCUCAGCAAGGAGGAAUACUUCCCUGUCACCAUGUCCUGGACCAUCCAGAGGAAUCUCAGUCUUGGAGCCAAAGCUGAAGUUGCAACAGAUAAACAUAUAACAUACCUUGAUAUGACAACGCGACAAGAGUUAAUAGAUCUGCUGAAUGGGACCAGAAACCAGGCUGUGGUGAUAGAACAAGUCUUCCCAUGCUUCCUCAGAGCUCCCAGUGACUCCAAUGCCAAACCUAUAGAACAACUCUAUAAAGACAAAAGCUACAAGAACAUCCUGCUAGCCCUGGAGAGAACCCACAACAGCAGUGGAGAGAUCCAGGAGUGGUGGAUUGUGGACCAGCCGUCGGCAGGACAGAUCCAGAUGAGGGGUGCGGCGGUUGGGAAGAAGAGAGAGGCGGGCCUCCAGCUGUACGUGUUCAGUGACAAAGUCAGCCCGCCCAGUCUGGGCUUCCUGGCAGGAUAUGGGAUCAUGGGUCUCUACGCCUCGGUGGUGCUCGUCAUCGGAAAGUUUGUGCGCGAGUUCUUCAGCGGCAUCUCGCACUCCAUCAUGUUCGAGGAGCUGCCCGUCGUGGACCGCAUCUUGAAGCUGUGUACCGACAUCUUCCUGGUCAGAGAGACGGGCGAGCUGGAGCUGGAGGAAGACCUAUAUGCCAAGCUCAUCUUCUUGUACCGAUCACCAGAGACGAUGAUCAAGUGGACCAGGGACCAGAAAACUAAGUGAGAGCCACCUAGUGGGCGACAGAGACAUGAAGUCUCAGAAUGAGAUUUAUUUUAAAAAGCACAAUCCUGCAGGAAGUUCCAAGCUAGCUUGUCGCGCUCCCUGUCUUUUGGUGUGACUGUGAUAAGAACCAUCUCCCUAUCGAGUCUACAGUGAAACAAUGUGACCUACACAUGAAAGGUGAYUGCAGAAGCAGUUUUUUGUUUGUACUUUUUUAGUGCAUCUCUGAAGAUUUGCAGCCAUCAGUCAGUCAGUGUGUUAGAGAUGACACAGACGACAGACAGACGUCUGGCCUUUUUCCUAUUGGGAACCAUGAACCAUGGGUUGUGCAAUAUACUGUCCAGAUAGCUGGCUGUAAACUUGAACAGACAUGUUAUCUUGAGCUACACGGAAGAGAAGGGGGCAACGACAGAGACACUAGCUACUUGUAUUCUCCAAGAUAUUUUCCCUUACAGUAGCCUACUGGAAGUGCUUUGACUUUUCCAGCAAGACAACAGCGAGAGGUUGUGACAUGGAAAACAAGUUAAGAUACUUUGUUGCUGUUAUGUUGAGGUUUCUACAGAGUAAUCAAUGGAGCUGUCGUUCUCAGGAAAUGUAUAUCAUCUCACCAGAACGGGAAUACGUUUUUAUUUUUUACCUGUAGGACACCUAGGAGAAACAGUGAUGAUGUGAUGAACAAUUGAGUAUUUCUAUCAUAUUAUGGAGUAUGUCCAUGGAACCCCUAUGAAGACCUGUGAUUUGAGAAUAGGAGGGCAUCAAUACAGCCAUUCUUUUUUAAGCUUGUAACCUGUAUUGCUUGAAAACCCCUCUCUUUUUUUUUUUUUUUACAUUGUUAGUGUUAAGUUCAUACGGUCAACCAAAAUGUGAUCAAGGCCAUCAAAUCCAUGCAAUACAAGGUGCAAGUGAAUAGAUUGUUUUCUUGUCAUGAGAAAGAAGAUGCAUAAUGUCUGUGCACCUCCACAGUGUAAGGAAUCCAGUUUGUGGUGUUAUUGUGGUUCAGCGACCUAAACAUAAAGCACAUGUUUGAAAGCU